UCUCUCUCUCUCUCUAAAAUUCAGCAAUUUUUCAGACAUGACCUCCUCUAAAUAAGACUCCAACUCGAUUCCAUAAUUUACAUUCUUACACAUUCUUAUUACAUUAUUCUUCGCUGAGUUCUUCAUUUGUAAUUUUGAAAUCCCACCUUUUUCAGCUCAAGAAAAAUCGAAUUAACCUUUUUGAUCCCCAAUUUCGUUUUCUCAAUCCGGUGCUCUCUUACUGUACCGCCUGCAAUUCACGCGUUUUUGUUGUGGAAUUUUUCGUCGACGAUGGCGGAAAAUCCAGAGGAGGCGAUACUGAGUCAACUCAGUGAGUCCGUCAAAGCCAUCACCGCUUUGCCCGAGUGCAAAACCGUUUCCAGGAAGAUGUACGGUAAUCUGGUCAGAAGAAUUAAGCUGCUGAGCCCUCUCUUUGAGGAGUUGAAGGACGGCGGCGAGGAGCAGCUUGCAGACGACGUCGUUCAGGGGCUUGACGCGCUCAGAAUCGCUCUCGACUCGGCUCUUCAGCUUCUCAAAUCGGUCCACGAAGGCAGUAAAAUAUUCCAGGCUCUGCAAGUUGACAAAAUCGCGAGCAAAUUCGAACAAGUAACACAGCAGAUCGAAGCAGCACUAUCUCAGGUUCCCUAUAAUAAACUCGAUAUAACCGAGGAAGUUCUCGAACAGAUCGAACUUUUACACGCGCAAUUCAAAAGAGCAAUAGGUCGAAUGGAAUCUCCCGAUUUGGAACUAGUGAGGGACUUAGCUGCAGCACAGAUGGAAGACGACCCUGACCAAAUGGUUUUCAAACGGCUUUCGGAGAAGCUCCAUCUCACCACAACAAACGAUAUUAAGGCGGAGUUAAUUGCCAUACACGAUAUGGUCAUCUCUUGUGGCGGUGGUGGUGGUGGUGGUGGGGCCCACGAGGGGAUUUCAGAUGAUUAUAUUGAGACCAUGUCGUUUCUUCUGAGGAAACUGAAGGACUGUGUGAUGACGGAUAAUCAAGAAGCCGAGUCGAAUGAGAUUGACAAGAGUUCGAUGAAGCACAGAUCUCCUAUUAUACCUGAUGACUUUCGUUGUCCGAUUUCGCUGGAGUUGAUGAAAGAUCCUGUGAUUGUGUCUACGGGGCAGACUUACGAACGGUCCUGCAUUCAAAAAUGGCUAGACGCUGGCCACAAAACCUGCCCCAAGACUCAGCAGACACUCUCCCACACUGCCCUAACUCCCAACUACGUCCUGAAAAGCCUCAUCGCACUCUGGUGCGAGAGCAACGGCGUCGAGCUGCCCAAGAAACAGGGCAACUGCCGCAACAGAAGAUCAUCCACCACCAGCACCGCCUCCGGCGGCACCUCCUCCUCCGAUUGCGACCGGGCUGCCAUUUCCGCUCUCCUCAAGAAGCUCGCCAACGGCAACCCCGACCAGCAACGUGCUGCCGCCGGCGAACUUCGCCUGCUCGCCAAACGGAACGCAGACAACCGAGUUUGCAUAGCCGAAGCCGGAGCAAUCCCUCUACUAGUCGAACUCCUCUCCUCCCAAGAUUUACGUACACAAGAGCAUGCAGUCACAGCCCUCCUAAACCUCUCCAUACACGAAUCCAACAAGGGCAUUAUCGUAAAUGCCGGCGCAAUAUCUGAUAUAGUAGACGUUUUAAAAAACGGAAGCACGGAAGCGAGAGAGAAUGCGGCGGCAACCCUUUUCAGCCUAUCGGUCGUCGACGAGAACAAAGUGGCGAUCGGAGCAGCAGGGGCCAUCGCCCCCCUCAUAGACCUCCUCUGCCACGGAACUCCUAGAGGUAAAAAAGAUGCCGCCACGGCUAUUUUCAACCUCUCGAUUUAUCAAGGGAAUAAAGUGAGGGCGGUGAGAGCUGGGAUUGUACCGCCACUGAUUGGGUUGUUGAAGGAUCAAGGCGGUGGAAUGGUGGAUGAAUCGCUGGCUAUAUUGGCUAUACUUGCGAGCCAUCAAGAAGGGAAGGUGGCUUUAGGACAGGCUGAGCCGAUUCCGAUUUUGGUCGAGGUUAUUAGGACAGGUUCGCCACGUAAUAGGGAGAAUGCGGCUGCGAUACUGUGGUCUUUGUGCACCGGAAAUUCGCAGUGUUUGAAGCUUGCGAGGGAGCUCGGUGCUGAAGAGGCUUUGAAGGAGUUGUCGGAGAAUGGGACUGAUAGGGCGAAGAGGAAGGCGGGGAGUGUUUUGGAGCUUAUUCAGCGAGUCGAAGAGGUGGUUAUUUCGUAAUGGGUAGUUUUUUUUUUUUUGGCAAUGUAAGUAAAGGUAAGGUGUGUAAAGCUAUAGAUACAACAAUGUCUUGAAGUUUGUUCUAAUGUGUUUGCACUUGUGUGUGGGGAUUGUCUAUAGGGAAAUACUUGAAACUUGGAAAUUUUACAUAUAUAUAAAUUUUUUGGUGGUGUA